AACCAUGUAAUCCUCCGUGUGUGUCAUGUGUAUCUACAUCCAUGUACGUACACCUCGGAUCCCGUCGCUGCCCUGCUGUUGCACCCGGGCCAUCUGCUGCUGCUGCUGCUGCGCCUGGACCUGUUGCUCUUCUGCUGCCCUCGCAGCUCGGCGUCGUCGUCCGCCCCGGGCACGGCGGCCGAGUCGCGUGUGUGCUCGCUGCCGCCCAUCUCGGGCGCGAGCGCGGACGCCGCCGACGCCCGCCUCGCUACCAGAAACAUCAACGCCCUCGCCGCCAGACGGCGCGGCAGCAGGGCGUCGGGCCCUUCGAGUGACCGCCUCGGCUCCAGCGACGCCCUGGACGAGCUCACCGACCCCGAUUCCCCAGGGGGCCUUCGCCUCUUGCGCAGGAGGUCCAACGCCCCCAGCGACGACGGCGUGUCCCUGCUCAGCCUGCGACUGGACAGCCCUCCGCGCAAGGCCAGACCCGCCCGGCCCUACGUCAUAGACAGCCGUCGAAG